GCGUGCGCGGUCCGUGUCGACUCGCUGCUCGCCCGGUGGAUGCCACAGUUGGUGCUCCGGAGUCGCCAUGGGCAAAGUGAACGCCGCCAAGCUGCGCUACCUGAGCCGAGAUGACUUUCGAGUCUUGACGGCGGUUGAAAUGGGCAUGAAGAACCAUGAAAUAGUUCCCUGUAGUUUGAUUGCUUCUAUAGCCAGUCUUAAACAUGGCGGCUGCAAUAAAGUUUUAAGAGAAUUAGUGAAACAUAAACUCAUAGCUUGGGAACGUACCAAAACUGUCCAGGGCUAUCGGCUGACAAAUGCAGGCUACGAUUACCUGGCUUUGAAAACUCUCUGCGCUAGACAGGUUGUUGAAUCUGUGGGAAACCAAAUUGGUGUUGGCAAAGAAUCUGAUAUUUACAUUAUUGCCAAUGAAAAAGGAGAACAGUUUGCACUGAAACUUCACAGACUGGGAAGAACCUCAUUUCGAAACCUGAAAAACAAGCGUGAUUAUCAUAAACACAGGCAUAAUGUGUCUUGGCUCUAUUUAUCUCGUCUCUCUGCCAUGAAAGAAUUUGCCUAUAUGAAGGCAUUACAUGAGAGGGAUUUUCCAGUUCCAAAGCCAAUUGAUUAUAACCGCCAUGCUGUGGUCAUGGAACUCCUAAAUGGCUACCCUCUAUGUCAGAUACAUCACGUUGAAGAUCCUGCAUCAGUAUAUGAUGAAGCUAUGGAACUAAUUGUCAAACUUGCAAAUCAUGGACUGAUUCAUGGAGACUUCAAUGAAUUCAAUCUCAUUUUGAAUGAAGAUGACCAUAUCACCAUGAUUGAUUUUCCACAGAUGGUCUCAACAUCUCAUCCCAAUGCUGAAUGGUAUUUUGACAGAGAUGUUAAGUGCAUUAGAGAUUUCUUCAUGAAGCGCUUCAGCUAUGAAAGUGAGAUUUACCCGACUUUCAGUGAUAUCAGGAGGGAGGACUCUCUAGACAUCGAGGUUUCCGCCAGUGGCUAUACAAAGGAGAUGCAGGAAGAUGACAGGCUACUGCACCCUGCAGGCCCGGGUGAGGAGCUUGAUGAAACAGAGCAAGGAUCUGACUGUUCACUCUCAGAGGGAGACAUGUCUGGAGCGGAAGACGAAAGGAAGCACCACUUUGCUGCUGCCUCAGUUGGCUGUGGGUAUGGGUCACCAGGUGGCCAAGACCUCCUGAAGGAAGAGGAGAACUCGGCUGCACACACUUUCAGGAUGACCGAGUUCAGUCAAGCUUUAGAGGAAAUGAAAGAGCAGGUGGUGGAAAGUAAUUUUCUGGCUGAGUUUCCUGAAGAGGAACAGACAAGCAACACUGAUGCUUGGCAACUUGGCCAGAUGGGCCAUGGCGAGAAGCCUGCAGACUCUGGGGAGUGUGAGGACGAGUGCCCUCGUCUCAUUGACCUGCAGGCACCCCUGGAAGCUCGGCUGUACAGAGAUGAAGAAGAAACAGAAAAUAUUUACCAAAUCCGAACAAGAACUCUGAGUGUCACUUCUGCAGGCAGCGUUUUAAGUUGUUCAACCAUUCCUCCGGAACUGGUGAAACAGAAGGUGAAACGCCAGUUGACCAAACAGCAAAAAUCAGCUGCCAGGCGUCGAUUACAGAAAGGAGAAGCAAAUGUAUUUACCAAACAGCGGAGAGAAAACAUGCAAAAUAUAAAAUCAAGCUUAGAAGCAGCCAGCUUUUGGGGAGAAUAAUAUGUUUAAUAUCUUGACUGUUUGUAUUUUUUCAAAAAGUUACUAUGAUCCCCCUUUAAUAAACUUAUCUACAAAUCUGACUAA